GUAAUUGUCAAUUAAGAGAGAGGGUAACAACAGCAAAAUUCUUUUCACAGAGAUAACCCACGAAUUCACCAUUGACAACCAAAGCUGCUUACAAAAACCCUUCCACAUUCUCACGUAAAUCCUUCUACCAUUACAAUUUCAGAAACGAGCUACCAGAAAGAAACAAAAAUGGCGGGUUCAGGAUCAGCAGACAGAGGCAAAGAAGCUAUAGGAAUGUUAGCUCUUCACGAAACUCUCAGAAACCUCUGUAUCAACUCCGAUUGGACUUAUUCUGUGUUCUGGACCAUUCGCCCUCGCCCGCGACUUCGAGGUGGUAAUGGGUGUAAAGUAGGAGACGACAAUGGUAGCUUGAUGUUGAUGUGGGAAGAUGGGUUUUGCAGAGGAAGAGGUGAAGAUAUGGAUGGAGGUGAAGAUCAAGUUAAGAAAUCAUUCAGCAAAAUGUCGAUUCAACUGUAUAAUUAUGGAGAAGGAUUAAUGGGGAAAGUUGCUUCUGAUAAAUGUCAUAAAUGGGUGUUCAAAGAGCCUUCGGAAUCUGAACAGAAUAUUUCUAAUUACUGGCAAAGUUCUUUCGAUGCUAUUCCUACUGAAUGGACUGAACAAUUUGAUUCAGGGAUUCAGACUAUAGCUGUCAUUCAAGCUGGCCAUGGCCUUUUGCAACUCGGUUCAUGCAAGAUUAUACCAGAAGACCUCCAUUUCGUGCUUAGAAUGCGUCACACAUUCGAGUCACUCGGCUACCAAUCUGGUUUUUACCUUUCCCAACUAUUUGCAUCAACCCGAGCCAACAUGUCACCGCCACCAUCUGCCGCCACAAUCCCGCUAAAGCAACCGCCCAUCCCCACCCGUACGCCGCCCCUCUACAACUGGGCCCCACCAAGAACAAUCCCAUCACCCAACUUCCACAACCCGACCCAACUUGGGUACCAACAAAAAGACGAAACCCACAUGUUCCUCCUCCCUCACUCAUCCGAACCACCCCAAAUGGAACCCAUGAUGGGCCAGGACCAUGGACAAGGGGACAUCAAAUGGCCCAAUGGGCUUAGUUUCUUUAAUGCACUCACGGGUGGGCUUGAAAACAACCCGGGCCCAGAAAUGAAAAACCCAAAUGAUUUCUUGAGUUUGGAUAAUACAAAUUCGGAUCAUGGUGGGGGAAAAGUGGAUCAUAAUAAGUAUAAGAGGAGCUUUAAUUUGCCUGUGAGAAUGGCGACUUCUUCUUCAUCAUCUUCAUCACUCGAUCACCUUAAGCAUAAUAACAACCCUAAUGGAGAAUACAGGAACAAUGAGGCCUCGAUGUAUUCUGAUGUCAUGGAAACUUUCUUGGAGUGAUUUGAGAUUAUGAGUAAGGAUUAGGGGGAGUAUUAUCAGUUGUUUUUAUUUCAUAGUUUGUUGUUUGAAGUUGUUUUGAACACUUUCACUUUUUAACAUAAUUUUAAGUUUCUUUGAUCC